CAAGCCCGAGCAAGCUUUAGUAAGAUAAUGGGUAUGAAAAGAGCUUCAGCAGCCUGCCUCCAGCUCCUGGAUCCAGCAUAACUCACCUUCCAGCUAACCCACCGGCCUUUGUGGGAGGCUGCAUUGUUGCCAGUGUCCCAGGGAUUGACUGCUUUGGUAUGGCGCUGUCCCAGGAAGCUCUGACCAAGAUCAACCUGACAAUGGCCUCGGAGGGCACAGAUUCCACCCAUUUGAAGGCAGGGUCACUCUUGCUCUGCCAGAACUCUCAGUCUACAGACAUGGCACCCAGGCCACUGCUGCAUCUGCAGAGUACUGAAGAAAAGAAGGCCCCCCUCCCACCAUCUCGGAGAAGCUCCAUCAUGAGCAUCCUCAAUGCCCCAUUUUCCAGCAGGAGGAAUUCGCUGGCUGUUGGGAGCAGGCGUCUCUCUGUUGGGCCCUGGAUGCAUUGUGGCAGAGUGAGCUUCUCUGGGCUGCCAGUCUUUGAACCCAUCCGGGAGACACAUUAUGAGAACACCUACAGGACCCAUCCAGAUGAAGGCUGUAAGUUUAAUGUGUUUCAGACUCAGCAAGUUCUCCAGUCAGUUCUGGCCAGCCACAUCAGUGAUGCCAAAUACAACCCUGUAAACAGUGGGCAGUUGGCCCAAAACUUGUCAGACCUCAUCCGGAACAGAGUCAAAGACCUGGCCCCACCUCGUUACAAGCUGGUGUGUAAUGUCUUCCUGGGCCAGCAGGCCAACCAGGGUCUGCACAUUGCCAGUCAGUCCCUCUGGGAUGUGGAGAAUGACAACUUUGCUUCUGCCACAUUCACCAACUCAUCACUCUUUGCUGUUGCCACAGUACAUGGAAUAUAUUUUGAAUGAGCCACUUCUUCAGAGUUCUAAAAGACCCCUUUACCUAGUCUGGAAUGAUCGCCUAGCUAGAAAUAAACAUCAAGUAUCCUAA